AUGAGGUGUGGUUCAAAUGGGGCUGUCCCUAAGCAUGCUUUUACGAUGUGGGUGGCUAAUGACGACAGGCUACCGACAAGGUCUAGGCUGGCUUCAUGGGGUCUUGCGGUCCCUCUCACCUGUCCUUUCUGCUGCGCACUACCUGAGACUAGAGAUCACCUUUUCCUCUCUUGGCAAUACAGCUAUGAUGUAUGGUCUCUUGUCUUCGCCAAAUGCUCUCCCCCGUCGCAGACGUUCGUUGAUUGGGCAGAGCUUUUAUCAUGGAUCAGAUCAGGAGCUUCUAGGAGGAAGAUACUUCUUAGGAAACUUGCCACUCAAGCAGUUAUCUUCCACCUGUGGAAACAGAGGAACAACUUGAUACACAACAAUGCUCCUUUACCCCCUACCAGUGUUUUCAGAGGUAUUGAUAGGGAGAUGAGGAAUAUAAUCUCUGCAAAGAGAUCGAACAAGUUAUUUAACUCUCUUAUGCUUUUGUGGUUACAAUAA